AAGAGGACACAAUUUGUCGCCCACGAAUCGGUGCGAAGUGCUCUUUGGCCCAAUGACGGAUUGGUGCGUCGGAGUGCGAGGUCCCGAUGGCUAUAUCUACUGUAUACCGGACACUGCCACAGAGGUACUAAGAUAUGAUCCAAAGACCCGAACAACGUCGAGAUUCGGAUCAGAUCUGAUUGAUGUGGGGAUCCACAAGUGGUCCGGAGGUGUGCUUGCACCUGAUGGCAAGAUCUACUGCGUUCCGUGGACCCAUCCGCAGGUAUUGGUGAUCGAUCCAAGCAGCUCGACAGUUUCAUUUCUAGAGACUUCUAGCGGCACAGGAUGUGCAGCUGCUUCGAUGGCGGAACACAAAUGGCGAGAUUGCGUGUUGUCGCCCAUUGAUGGCUGCAUUUACUGCGUUCCCUGGACAGCAGAGGCGGUGCUGUGCAUUGACAUCAAGGCUGGCAGCGCUUGGUGCUUCGGAGAGCUGCCGCCAGGCGAAAGCAAAUGGGCAGGUGCUGCGAUCGGAAGCGAUGGUCGUAUCUAUUGUGCACCUUACGAUUCUCCCAGCGUUCUGUGCAUCUCGCCACAAGAGCGCGUUGCAAAGCCAUUGGGAGACUUCGGGCCCUCGCGUCGAAAGUGGCGUGGGGCAAUUGCUGCCAACAAUGGCUGGAUCUACAUGGUGCCGUGCAAUGCCCUGGAAGUGCUGGCGGUGAAUCCAAGCAAGGUGAUUUUCUCCGAGACGAUCCCGAAGCCAGAGGCGCUGUCGGAUCUGGGCGUGGCCAAAGCCGCCGCCCGGCACCUGGCGCUGCGCGGCGUGGACGCGGACGAUGCGGACGAAGAGGACCUCACGGAGGAAGCCGACGGCAGAUUGGAGGAGGAUCCGAAACUACCACCAGGUUUCCUGAAAAUUGGAUGGGUUGGAGGUAUUCGUUGCAAGUGGCGAAGCGGAGUGAUGGCCCAAGAUGGGUGUAUCUACUGCGUGCCUGAUUGUGCCAAUGAGGUACUUUGUAUUCGUCCAGAUGCCCAGGACGUGAUUUGCUUCGGUGAGGUGGGUUCGGCUCGAUGGAAGUGGCGUGGGGGUGUUCUAGCAACAGAUGGCAAGAUCUACUGCGCGCCAUACGAGUCGCACGAGGUGACGCUGUCCAUUGACCCUGCAAAGCUCGGGGUGGUGGCCAUGGCACCCUUCGAUGGCAAGGGACUUCAACUGCCUGGCUUCGUUGAAUCCAGUCAAGGAGAAGUUCUGGCAGUGUCAGACGACGUGACACCUUUUGAGGCAAUGGCCGAGGUGAUGGCGCCGAAGCUGCCCAUUCAGAACCGCUCCACCAUCUCUCCACGCUGCAAGUCGUCUCCAAUUGGCCCAAGGCGACACGAUAGAAGACAGACAAGAUGGGCAGAUUAUACGCCCACGUGUGGUGCGUGGCAUGAAGCUCAUUCCCCUUGGCCCGAAGGAACGACGUAUGCGGGCAUCAGUUCCAUGUUCCUCCAGACUCCUCCAGGUCAUCUCGAGACUAGCGACGAGAGAGUCCAUGCAGAGGAUGUCUCUUCAUUGGGAGAUUUUCUGCCAAAAGUGAAGAUGACGGAUAUGACGGCACUUUCUGCUGGACUUCAUAGGUUUCACAGUGCCAGUGACUACGCUUCGUUCUUCCAAUGUGAUCGUUCACAUGGUCAUGGUCUCCAUGGUCUCAAUGGUCUCAAUGGUCCCGGUAGACACCUCACCGGCUUCACAGAUGCCACGGAGAACCCCACAGAGAAAAUCCUGCAAAUGAAUAGCAAAGUCAUCAACAUCACGGGUCGCCUGGGCGAAAAGCAACUGAAGGACCCGGCCACAGACUCGACUGAGUGGGAGGUGAAUCAGAAGCUCUGUGAAGAGGAUCAGUGUAAACAAAGUCGAGCUCAUGUGACUGUGAAAGAGUGUGUAAAAAUGGAGAAACCCAAAGGAGACCACGGUCUGCCACCGCUGCCGGAGGGUCAUUGGCGGGAUGGAGGAAAGGAAUGUCGUUACGUCCAGAUGCCUCUGGCUCUGAUCCUCUCGGAUCACGGGCGCUGUUUAUCGGCCGCCAGUUCUGCCAACUCCAUCUCCGAGGAAUGCUCCGUCUCCGACUGUGGAGAUGCCAAGGGCUGCAAUCAGUGUUGGCUCCUGCAGCGCGCCACCGAGAACAACGUCUUCACGGGGUGGAAGCUGAAAACGGCCUGUGGUUUGACCAAAAAAGGUGUGGAAAAUGGGCAGUUUUUGACGCAGGAUGCGGAUGGCACCUUGAAGUUCACGGAUGAAUAUGACACCCAGCAGGAUCGGCAAAUCUGGAAUUUGACGGAAGCCGAAACCAAACAGAUGGACCCAGAGGAGUUGAAUACCGAGAUUUUCAAGAAACCCUUCAUGCUGGAAAAUUUGGCAUCGAAGCGGUUCCUUUUGCAAGAGAAACCUCAACUGGAUGAUGAUGCUGCAAAGACAGAUCCGCUCAAUCAGGACAUGGCGAACCUACCCGACAAGGAGAACAUGCCAGAGUCCUUCAAGAACGAUACAGCUGAGGCCAACUCCCAGACGAUUGUCCGAAAGAAACAGUGGAGACGUUCCUUUUGGCGAGGGGUUGAAAAAGCGGGAAGUACAUAUUUACAAGGAGAAAUGAUGCGGGCAGAUGGAGAUUCUGUACCAACCUUCAAUUAUUUGUCUGCCAGUCCAGACAAAGGCUUUGAUUCUACGAAACAUUUACGAGCUGAAGAACUCUCAGAUGAUUGUAAUGAUCGCUGGAGCUUCGUGCACAAAGAUCGCGGUUUUGAGCUGAAAACCGCUUGCGCGAAGCCCAAAUACUUGGUAGCUUUGAACAACGGUGAUGGUCCCGUGGCCUUCCAUGAUGAGCCAUAUCCAGGCCCUGAAGGCAAGUGGAAUGUGCGCUUUGCCAAGCCGCCACCACCAGAACCACCCGUGAAUGAGGAAGCAGAACCUGUCUUGCCGUUGCCGAAAGAAGUUCCAUUGGAAGUGGAAGAAGAAGCUGCGAAAGAUCCAGAAUCCAGUGGAGCAGCCUUGGAGAUGGUUCAGGAAGGUGAUGCUCAGAAAGCAGUCGAAAAUCUGACAGAGAAUCUGUCAAACCAAGGCUGA